UUUAAACAGGUAGGUUUAAUGUUGAAGAUAUAAUUAAACAUAGAACUUAUACAAAUGCACUAUUUUCUUUUCUUUCUCAAACAUGGGCUUGCUCUGGUUUGUCAAAUUCUCUGAUUCCCUCCUUGUUUCUAGAGUGUUAGUGUCUAACAAAGUGCUAGGCCUUAUUGUCUUUAACUCUGAUUCUUAAUGUGCAUUUCUUUAUGUAGACAGAAAUGCCUUCAGCAUGUAAAUUCGUAGCCCUGCCCACAGGUAUUGCCACCUAUUUAAGCUUACCCAGCACAAACCCUCUCAAGAUAAGUGAAAAGGCAUUUAAGCUAAUCUCGCAGUUUGGGAAAGCUAGGUAGAACUAAAGGCAAGGGCACGCUUAGGCUAUUGAUCACUUUCCUCUGCAGGUGUUUUUUUUUUUAUAGACUUGCAUCAGCCUGCGUGGAGCAACACAGAGUGGAUUAAGGCGUGAAAUGCAUACAUUCAGGUUUUCAUGACGCUAUGCACUCUAUGUAACUCCAAACAAGUGGAUGCCAGGCCUGUCAAUGGAGCUGUGUAAAUGUGUGCAUGAAAGUGGAUUCGCUUUCCUCUAUGUUGGAGGACAGCGUUGAACCACUUAGUGUGCCCUUGCCCUAAAGGUAACAUUUUACAGUCAAAUUCGAAUAGGAAAUGCUGCUUGCGUUCUGGUAUCGGUAUCCCUUUUAAAAAUCACUUUUUAGUUAGAAGACAAACCUCUGUUUUGGUUUCUUUAGCAUAGCCAUAGUUUUUAAUCUAGCUGACACUUAAUACAAUUAACUCCUAAAGAGUACAUAGAAAGCAAAGCUUGUAUAAUGGUUCUAAUAAAGUUUAAAGUAGUGUUCUUGGAUAUUUAAAAUUAUUGCUUAAGAAGGGGAGGAAAGAUGACACGAAAGGGAAAAAAUUGGUGAUCUGUAACUGAACAGCCAAUGGUGCCUUAGCCAGAGGCUGACAGGAGACUGGCGCAGCUAGCGUUCCUCCUUUGCAAAUUCCACGCAGCCUCUUCCUUCCCCCCCCUCCUCUUUGUUCUUCUCGUGAGAUUCGAGGAGGUGCCGCUGGGGGGGCGCGUGCGUGGGGGAGCGCGUUGGGUUUGGCAGUCGGUUGCAGGGGUUCCUCACGGCCGUACGAUCUGGGGCAUGCGAAUGGAGCGCGGGUGGCUGAAGGGAGUCCCCUGCUCCAAGGCGGGUAUGGUUACCGCAAAGGUGGCAGUGACAAGUAUGGCCCUCCAGUCCGUACAAUGUACCGACUGAGAGUGGAGAACCUAUCUUCAAGAUGCAGUUGGCAAGAUCUAAAGGAUUUUAUGCGGCAGGCUGGAGAGGUUACCUAUGCAGAUGCCCACCAGCGUCGACAAAAUGAAGGCGUUAUAGAAUUCCGUUCCUACUCUGACAUGAGGCGAGCGUUAGAAAAGCUGGAUGGGAGUGAAAUCAAUGGGCGCAAGAUACAGUUAGUGGAAGACAGGGCUGGCUCCAGGAACAAAGGCUCCUCAUCUCGCAGUCGCUCCAGAUCCCGCUCAAGGAGGAGUAGAAGCAGCCACUCCAGAUCCAGAUCCCGCUCUCGAUCCCAUAGUAGAAGCCGACAACGGGAGAGGAGCAGAAGUCGCAGCAAAGAAAGGAGAAGCAGUAGGAGCCACAGCAGAAAAAGGAGAGAGAGUAGGAGCAUCAGUAAGCGAAGGAGACAGAGUAGGAGCGUCAGUAAGGGGAGGAGAGCGAGUCGGAGCGUCAGUAAGGGGAGGAGAGCGAGUCGGAGCGUCAGUAAGGGGAGGAGAGCGAGUCGGAGCGUCAGUAAGGGGAGGAGAGCGAGUCGGAGCGUCAGCAAGGGGAGGCGAGCGAGUCGGAGCGUCAGCAAGGGGAGGCGAGCGAGUCGGAGCGCCAGCAAGGGGAGGCGAGCGAGUCGGAGCGCCAGCAAGGGGAGGCGAGCGAGUCGGAGCGCCAGCAAGGGGAGGCGAGCGAGUCGGAGCGCCAGCAAGGGGAGGCGAGCGAGUCGGAGCGCCAGCAAGGGGAGGCGAGCGAGUCGGAGCGCCAGCAAGGGGAGGCGAGCGAGUCGGAGCGCCAGCAAGGGGAGGCGAGCGAGUCGGAGCGCCAGCAAGGGGAGGCGAGCGAGUCGGAGCGCCAGCAAGGAGAGGCGAGCGAGUCGGAGCGCCAGCAAGGGGAGGCGAACGAGUCGGAGCGCCAGCAAGGGCAGGCAAGAGAGUAGAAGCGUCAGCAAGGGCAGGCGGGAGAGUAGAAGCGUCAGCAAGGGGAGGCGAGAGAGUAGAAGCGUCAGCAAGGGGAGACGAGAGAGUAGAAGCGUCAGUAAGGGGAGGAGAGAAACAAGAAGUGUUAGCAAAGAGAGGAGGGGUAGCAGCGAUCACAGCAAGGGAAGAGCAAGUAGAAGCCAGAGCAAAGAUAGAGCAAAUGGAAGGGAUAAGAGUGCAGAUAGUGAAAGGAGUAAGAGCCGCAGUAGAAGCAGAGGAAGGAGGGAAACAGACAGCCAGAGCAAGGAAAGGAAAGAAAGGGUAAGCAGGAGCACUGAGCGAAGCAGAAGUCGUAGUAAAGAGAGGAGGCUAAGCAGAAGCAAUAGCAGGGAUAAAAAGGGAAGAAAUGAAAGCACGGAGAGACAAGAGCUGAAUAGCAGAAAGCGAGAUAGGAGCCAUAGCAGAGAGAGAAGAAACAGGAGCAAGGAUAGGGACCACAUCAGAAGCAAAGAUAAGCACUCUAGAAAUCGCAGUAGGGACCGGAAAAGGAGCCGCAGUAGGGAUAGAUCUAGAGAGAGGCAGUCAAAACGCAGCAGGGAUAGAAGCCGUAGUAAGGAGAGAAGCCGUAGGAGUGAACGAAGUAGACGAUCCAGCCGUAGCAAAGAGAGAAGCAGAAAGCGAAGUCGGGAACGAAGGAGUAGCAGUGCUGAGCGCUCAAAAAAAGUUAAGCGAGAAGACACAGUGGCUUUCACUACAGAAUCUGACCAGGAGGCAGAAAAUGAGGAAGGAAGCAAGGCUGAAGUUGUACAACAUGCUGAAACAAUUGGGGUCACUCAAAAUGAGGAGGAGACUCCCAAACCUAUUUCCAGAUCAGCAUCUCCUAUGGAGGCUAGUGUUGAAGCUGAAGCCAAUGCAAUCACUGAGGCAUGUGAUGAAGUUAGUGCAGAGACCUGUACUGAGGAAAGCGCAGAGGCUGGUGUGUGACAAGCAUUUCCUGCUUACAAAUAAAGCUACUUUUAGCUUUUUCCAUGCAGAAUAUUUUAUUUUUAUUUUCAAAUUUAUUUUUUUUUUUCUAACUAGGUCUGUCUGUCUGGACAUUUAGAGCAAAAGAAAUCUCUUCAUGCAUAUUUGCUACAAAUUUUGCAUGGGCUUAAUUCAUGUGAUUUAUAGCUAAACCCAAGCUGGUUUUCCCUCUACAGCACUUGCAAGUUGAAUUUGGUGACAUACUAGGGUGCGACAAUCUUUUUAAGUGUACAAUAUAUAGUAACCUUGUAUGACUCAGUUUGCAUUCUGCUGUUAUUGGGCCCUGUCUGGCCUCUCAUUCAGUCGGUUCUUAAGGAGUUUUAGAAAUGCCUGGAAAAAUAUCCUGAAAAGCGGGGGUCUUGGGAAGGUUUUUCUUUUUUUAUAUUCCUUUUUUUUUCUUUUUAAUUUUGGUACUCUCGCAAUUGUAUUGACUUCAGAAAAAUGAAUCUUGUUCCUAAAUUUAAAUAAAGACAUUGCUUUGGAAAUUA